AUUUUUUUCAUGAAAUCAAAGCACAAGGGUUCCACCUGAACUGACCGUGAAUCCACCUCUGAUCACAGAGACAGACUCAGUCACACUGAGCUGUCAGACACAUGCUGCUGUGCCUCAGUGUGAUUUCUACAUUGCAUGCCAAAAACUGUCCAAAGGUUCCUCCUGUGUGCAGACACUGACAGGCAGUGAGCUGCUGAAGAUUGCACAGACGAGUUUACCUGCUGAGGUUGAAGUGAGAUGUUCUUACACUGUACAGGUUUAUAGUGAUAAACAUACAUCUCCUGACAGCCAGCCAUCCACCAUCACCAUAAACAAUCUUCGUCCACCUGAACUGACAGUGAGCCCGCUGAUGAUCACAGAGACAGACUCAGUCACAGUGAACUGUCAGGCUGUUUCUGUGUCUUGGUGUUAUUUCAUCAUUUCAGGCGAUAAAACAGCCAAAUCAGGUCCUUGUCUGUGGACUCUAACAGGAGCUGAAUUUCUGUCAUGGACACGUAAAAGUUUACCUGUUACAGUUGAGAUGACCUGUUAUUACAUUUUUAAAUAUAAAUCUCCAGUGAGCAACAUGUCAGCAAUCACCAUACAAACUCCUCGGCCUGAACUGACAGUGAAUCCACAGAUGAUCAUAGAGCCAUACUCAGUCACAGUGAACUGUCAGACUCCAUCAUCUGUUCCUGUGACUCAGUGUUUUUUGUACUUUAUGAGAAGAAGAAAAUCUACGUCCAUCUCCUGUCAGCAGACACUGACAGGAACUGAGCUCCUCUUUAUGGCACAGAAGAGUUCACCUGCUGAGGUGGAAGUCACAUGUUUUUACAUGUCACAGCAUAAAGGAGGACAAUACCAGUCUCCUUACAGUAACAUAUAUUCCAUCAGCAUACAAACAGACACUUACAGGAACUGAGCUCCUCUUUAUGGCACAGCAGAGUUCACCUGCUGAGGUUGAAGUCACAUGUUUUUACAUGUCACAGCAUAAAGGAGGACAAUAUCAGUCUCCUCACGGCAACAUAUAUUUCAUCAGUAUACAAAAUCCUCGACCUGAACUGACAGUGAAUCCAACUGUGAUCACAGAGACAGACUCAGUCACAGUGAACUGUCGGACUCCAUCAUCUGUUUCUGUGACUCAGUGUUUUUUGUACUUCGUGAGAGAAAAAAAAAUAUAUGUCCAUCUCUUGUUUCCAUAAUGUAACAGUAACUGAGCUCCUCUCUUUGACAAAGCAGAGUUCACCUGCUGAUCUGGAAGUCACAUGUUUUUACAGCUCAGAGCAUAAAGGAGAACAUAAGUUGCUGUCUCCUCAUAGCAACAUAUCCUUCCUUAGCAUACAAAUAGAAAACAACACUUUGACCUCUGCUCCUCCUACUUCUAUGAACUUUACAAGUCACACAAUCACAAGAAACACAACUAUUGUACCUUUUGCUCGUAAACCUCUACCUGUAUUUGCAACUAGUUUUGGUGUAAUCAUGGGCGUCAUCUCACUGACAGUGGCUUUUGUAUGUGUGAAAAGAAGAAAUGGUGACUUUUCAAGCACAAGAAAAACUGACCAAGAAGGAUCGUUAAGUCCAAAUGAUAAUAAUGAAGCCUUCGGUAUGAUCAGUUUAGUUCCUGAUGAGGACCCACUGAAAGAGUCCGGAUCUGUGUUACUUGCUGGGUCUGAUCAACUGAGCAGAGAAGAGUCUCAAACUGAGAAUUCUUCUGUAUGCCACGUGUACUCCACCAUCCCUGAGGAGCCGGAUGAAAGAUCUUUGAGGAAGGCAAAUGUGGAGUCUCACCUGGAUAAUGUCACGAUUCGGCUGUGUGCAGCCAGGAAGAGGACCCAAAAUGCAGGAGUCGCAACACAUGGGAAUGAACUCAGGAAAAUGCAGCUUUAUUAACAGACUCAGGGAAAUGAUGCAAAACUAAACUAGACUAGGAAAACAAACCCUAAAACUCCACAGAGAGGCACACUAGGGAUCACACAGCAUGAGGGAGGACACAACACUGACACAGAGAAGCACAGGGCUUAAAUACACUGGGGAAUAACAAGGGGAAUGAGACACAGGAGGAGAGCACAGCUGGAAGAAAUCAGACAUGACGAGACCAAAGGGAAGCAAAACUAGAAACAAUGACAUGAGACACGGACCUUCAAAGUAAAACAGGAAACACACCGACUGAACUCUAGACACGUAAACUUAACAGAGACUGGGGAGAGAGAACAUAGAGAUCUGAAAUGUGGGAUGGAAGGGCACAGAGUUAACACCGGGAAACCAAAUAACAAAACCUAAGAAUUGGAACUCAGGAAGUACUAACUAGGUACUAGGUACUAGGGAGCUAGAAAUACUUAGGACAGAAACCAAAACAGAAGCAGUCAUAAUCCAUGAUAAAAUCAAAAGUAAAAGUACAAAACUCAAAACACUGGGUCACCGAACCAGGGCCGUGACAGAUAACAUUUCUAUUUCAACUUUCAAGCUGUAUUAAACAUAAUAAUUUCCAAAACAUUAACAGAAUUAUUGAACCUGAUUGAACAUUUUGUAAGUGCUUACUUUCUGAUGUCAGCCCAGAGCUUUCUUUUACCAAUGCACUGAGUAUUAUUCAAGCAGCAUUUGUGUUUUAUACAAAAUAUGUUCUGUAGAACAUUAUGGUUAUUAUGUGCUGUAAUUAUCACUGUGCCUCACGAGGGCAGUGCCAGCAAAAUGUUGGUACUUCCUUUAAAUUCAGAUGUACAGUUCAUGUGGGUGUUACAAUCUGUAAUAUGUACUAUAUAUGGUUAAAAUACAUCAAAUGUGGAAAGAAUGCACAUGCUUCGUGUAAACAUACUAUGUAUCUUUCUUUUUGGUUUUAGCCUAAAUAAUUAAACAUUUCAGUUAUAUUUAAGAUAUGUGAGUUUUGAUGUACUGUAUAGCCUAUAUCAUAAAUAAGUAUGUAGCCCAA